AUGCCUGCAACGCCAGCCGCUCGCUCACGAUCCACGCCCGCCGCUCGCGACGCCGCAUCGCCCGCCAGCCGCACGCGUUGCCCGCCCCGCCCGUGUUGCCGCUUCGCAUCCGUCGCGCCCGCGUUGACCGCCUGCCAGUCAGCCCGCAACGCCGUGCUUCCUAGCUUCGCUCCCGCGCCGCUCUUCGCUAGCUGCCGCCCCCGCGCUGCUCUGCUUUCCCAGGCCCACGCCGCCGCUGUCUUGCUACGCUUCUGCAUGCGCGUCCCGAAGCCGCCGCUGCCCGUGCAUCCCGCGCCCCUGCAGCCGCUCCGCACCUUUUCCAUCGCGCGCCGUAGCCGCUCCCCGCCGCCGCCGUCGCGCAGCGCCUCCCCGCGCACGCCGCCGCCGCUCCCCACCGCCGCCGCGCCGUGCCUCCCCGCGCGCGCCGUCGCCGCCGUCCAUGGACUCUCCAGGCUACUUCACCAUCAACGGUGGAACCGCUCCACCGACCGCGCCGAUCCAGCCGCGUCCUCCCGCACCCACCGGGGAGUUAACACUGCAUAUCUAUUGCUUUACGUCGACGACAUCAUCCUCACGACGUUCGCCCCCGACCUCCUUCAGUGGCUGACUGCUCGUCUUCGUGAUGAGUUCGCCCUCAAGGACUUGGGGUCCCUGCACUACUUCCUCGGCAUUAAGGUGGUCCGACGGACUGACGGCUUCUUUCUGCAUCAGCAGAAGUACGCCCACGAGCUCCUGGAGCGUGCCGGUAUGCUAAACUGCAAGCCGGCGCCCACCCCCGUCGACACGAAGGUGAAGGUCUAUGCUGUCGAGGGGUCUCUUGCAUCCGCUGGAGCGUUUUAUCGCUCUAUUGUCGGUGCUUUACAGUACCUGACGCUGACUCGCCCCGACCUGCAGUACGCUGUCCAGCAGGUGUGCCUCCAUAUGCACGCCCCGCGUGACUCUCACUGGACUCUGGUGAAGCGUAUUCUCCAUUACAUACGCGGCACCGUGUCUUUGGGACACACCCUGACGGCCUCCGCCUCCACUGACCUUGUGGCCUACUCGGAUACCGACUGGGCUGGCUGCUCCGACACGCGACGCUCUACGUCAGGCUACUGCGUCUACCUUGGGCCCUUGUUGAUCUCUUGGCCAUCAAAGCGGCAGCCCACGGUCUCCCGCUCCAGCGCCGAGGCAGAGUAUCGCGUCGUGGCUAAUGCCAUGUCCGAGUGCUCUUGGAUACGUCAGCUGCUCUAG